AUGGACUUUGAGGAGCGCCACAGAAGGGAAUUUUUUGAGGAGUCUUUAAUUGAUCCUGAAUUUGCCCUAUUACGGCACCAUCCGUAUGAAUUACAUUAUCAUGAAUCAGACGAUGGUGAAGGCUCACUCAAAAUGGCCAUGUACGACAUUCGUGGCGUAAUUUCGAAAUAUAAUGAAUGCCGCAAUAAUAUAGAAUGUGGUCAUAGUAAUUUAACAAGACGGUUGCAUGAGCUAACAUCUGGAGCCAAAACGGCAACGCUAGGAAACGCAGGGCAAGAAGAGACGAAUCAUUGUUUGAUGCUGGGCGAGAACGAUAGAAUUUUUAUGAUCUACUACUGCGAGGUGGUGAUACCCGCUCAUCGACGUUUUGAGCGUACGGCUUACAAGCCAGACAUAACGUAUGGUGUGCUAUUAUACGCUUUAAAAUUCAAAGUCUUUCAUGGAUAUUGCUACAAUACGUGUCUGGUUCGCGUGUGGUAUCUACUGAUGAGACACAAUAUACAGGCAAUAUUGUCUGAUGGUUUAGCAUGGGCAAAAAAUAAUAGCCCUGAUGUUCGCACGUCGGCGAGUGGAACUCACGCCACUUUAGCCGGCACCCUCAGACAGCCCACUAGUUUCGGGAAAGGUUGGUAA